CUCGAUUUUAAGCGUUAAUGCACUUAAACAAAUGAUUAAAACAUUACACGAAAUCUAUGGAAAGGAUCAAAUUUUAGAUUUAGAUAUAAGGGAAUAUUAUAAUUUUAUUAAUAUAGGUUCUUAUUUUUCUAAGAAUAACUUAGUAGUUGUCCUAAAGGUACCAAUUACUUACCAAGGCUCAUUCGAUUUGUACAAGUUAUGUCCUUUACCAAAUAAAAACGGGCGAAUCCUUAUCCCUCCAUAUCCUUUCAUAGCAACCAACUCUGUAGAAUAUGUGUACACGGAGGCAGAAUGCCCCAAAUCUGGCGACUGGUACAUCUGCGAACAAAAACUCAGCCAUCAAAUACGCACUGACCAAGACUGUAUCCAGAAACUCAUUCACUCUCAGGAGAUAGAUGAAACGUGUGUAACCACGCCUAUCUCUCUGACAAAGGAGGCUCUGCUAGAGCUGGACGAUCAACAUUACGCCAUAACUUUCCCGCUUCCCACCAAAAUUAAAACCAGCUGCCAACAGGAACAACAUAUUAUAUUAAAAGGAAGCUACGUCGCGACCAUACCACAACAUUGCUCUAUAAGGUCUCCACAUUUCACAAUAAUAAAUAUAAACAACAAGAUUCGCGGCCAACCACUGAAAAUAAUGUCAAUACCACUGGAAAGUAAACACGAAAAUUCAAACGCUAUCCUGAAAAUGAGCUCCAUCAACUUAAAGAACCUCGAGGCUAUUGAACAAAAGCUGUCCAUGGAGAAACCGAUCGAAAUUAACGAAGUCUUAUCCCCAAGUUUCUACCAUACUACAAUACCCUUAUACCUUAUCAUACUACUCGGAGCAAGCGCAACAGCCUUUAUAGUAUAUCGGAGAUAUCGAGCUACCACAAAAAUUAACAUAAAUAAACCAGAAGAAUUAGAGCUACAGAAAGCCGCAACAUUCGCAGUAAACCUAGCAAAUAGUUGCUCUACUUAGAGGGGAGGUGUUACGCACGCACCUCGCACACUGCACCACGGCACGGCUACGUCAUCGAUAUACGUCACAGCGUCGCGUCACCUGCACUGCAUCACGCCUGCGUAUGCGCCCACGUCAGCACGUUACG